AUGGGAAAAAACUUUCGUAACAAAACAUUGCCAUCGGCCAAUACCAGUCAUUCGAUGGCCUCGCCAUUGCAAAUCCCCUUUUCAGCUCGUACUUCAAAUCAAAAGUCGCCAAAACAUUAUCUCCUUCCUAAACAUUAUCAAGAGAUUGUCAAGUAUUUUGUAUCGAAGGAGAAUACAAGUGAUUUGGCUUUGAUCUUGUUGAAAAGGUUAUUCUCUCCUUCCGAUUGGAAAAUGUAUUAUUUUGAUUAUAAAGAGUGGAAUGAAAAUGUUACAGAGUGUAGGAAAGAUCUGAGAAAGAUGAUUCAAAUGGGAACAUUGCAAUCACUCUUGAGAGGAAAGUAUUUUGUGGAGGAUUUGACUAUAGUUCCUGUUGAACAGGUUGAGGAGGAGACACAAAUUCCUAUUCAUGAGAGAGUGUUCGUGAGAAAGCCAUACGUUCCGAGGAAGAAGGAAGAAGAAAUAGUUGAGGAGGAACCAGAAACUAAAAAGAAAAAGAAGAGGAAGAAUAAGAAGGUUGAUCCAGAGGCUGAAUUUGAAUUGACUGCUGAGGAAUUGGCGCAUGAUGGAACAUUUGAAGGAUUUGAAAUUAUGGGAGAGGAAGACAGACCACCUUUGGAUGAAAUUAUCAUGUUGAACGAAAGAAAUUUGAAAAAGGAUCCUAAAAAGGAUAAAAAGGAUAAAAAGAAGGUCACCAAACCAACAUCUAAAAAACCUGAGGAAGAGGAGGAAGAAGUUUUCUUCUUUGAUGAUGGAAUUCCAGAAAAAGAAAUUCCAGUCACUACAAUUCAUUUGGAUUUUAAUGCCAUCAAGAAGAUUUCAAGCUCUACCGAGCUCAUUGAUUGUGCAGAAUUGGAAUCUGUUGUACAAAUAUCUAAAAAGAUGAAUACAAAGGAAAAUCAAACAACCAAAACAAUAUUCCAAGUAGUUGAAGGAGAUAUUUUGGAAGCAGCAUUGGCCUUGAAGAAAAACUCAAAGGUCAAUCCACUCGUGCUUGUCAGUGCAAGCCAAAAUAUCCCAGGUGGUUUAUAUGAUAAGGGAGGAAAUACACAGGAAGAGGAUAUGUGCCGAAGAACUUCUCUAGCACUUUGCUCUGCUGAUCCAUAUAGAAUAUCAGGUCGUACGUGGUUUUAUCCAUUGCCAGAGUUUGGAGGAAUCUAUGUAAACAAUUGUCUCGUGAUUAGAAAAUCAAAAUAUGAAGGAUAUGCAUUCUUGGAAAAGCCUACCAACAUGUCAAUGUUCUUAUUGAGUCCUAUAAUUAAUCCUCCAACAGAGAAGAAGAAAUUAGUGGCAACAGAAAAUUCUGGAGAUGCAACUUCUGAGCCAGAAUAUGAAUAUUUCCUUCCUGCUAAACUCACAACCACAAUGAAAAAGAAGAUUGCCUCCUAUUUGGAAGUUGCACUCAGUAAGGGACAUGAUGCUUUGGUACUGUCUGAUUUUGGUUGUGUGAAUUCACAUUCUAAUCCUUCCUAUCACAUUGCCUCACUCUUUAAGGAAGUUCUAAUGAGCGACUUGUUUAGAGACAAAUUCAAGCAUGUCUUAUUUGCCAUUACUCUAGACACUGAACCAGACAGCAGAUUGACCAGUAUUAUUGAAGAUGUCGAUGAAAGCUCAACAGUCGUCAGACAGGAAAGUUAUGAAAUUCAAAAGAAGAACAAUCUCACCAUCUUUUCUAAAAUAUUCAACAAUAGUGAAUCUGCACCAACUGUAGAUGAACAUUUCAAAAAGAUCAAAGAAUCAUUAAUCCUCACACAUAAAAAAAUGUCUCACUAUCUCAGGUCAACACCAUUAUUGUUGCCCUCUCUCAACAGCAAACCAUCAACACUAUUAAAACAAUUGGUAGCCAAGGAGGAUUCUGCAACAUUAUAUCUUCAUCCUCCGAAUAUUAUUACCACAACAACAACAGAGAGUGAUGCAUCCGAAACCCUUCUCGAUGUUUACAAAAUUAAACAAAAAUUGGGUGAAGGAUCUUUCGGUCAGGUUUAUCUUGCAAAGAUAAAAUCGACAAAGGAAAGAUUAGCACUCAAGAGAAUUGUGACGAAUUUGAGUGGAGAUGAAACUGAGGAUGAGACCGAAAAGAUUAUUUAUGAAAAUUUGCAGGAGUAUUAUACAUUGCGUGAUUUGAAAGAUCAUCCAGCCAUUGUGAAGGUAAAGGACGUCUUUCUAAUGAAGGACAAAGCAUCACAACAGAUUGGUCAUGUGAGCUAUUCUAUGAAAUUAUAUGAACAUGGAAGUUUAUUCGAAUGGAUUACUAAAAGAAAGGGAAGUAACAAGAAGAUGGAUUUUAGAAUUUUAAAAUCAAUCAUGAUUCAAUUGUGUCUAGUAUUGAAAUUUAUCCAUCAAAAGGGUUUACUUCACAGAGAUAUUAAACCAGCCAAUAUCUUUAUUGAUUACUUGAAGACGGAAAAGACCUUCCUUCCAGAGGAAUAUUUCAAAGAGGAAGAAUCUUCAAUAGUUGUAAUUUUGGGAGAUUUUGGAACUGUUAGAAAGUACAAUGAAGGAUCUAUGGUUCAAACUACAGUUGGAUCCCAAAUGUACAUGUCACCUGAGAUUUUAUAUGGUGAAAAUUAUCAAGUGGAUGCAGAUGUUUGGUCUCUGGGAGCUUCUCUAUUUGAACUUGCUACUUACAAGCCAAAACCAAUAGCAAUGAUGCUCUACAAGAGAGAAGGUCCCACAAUUAAAAAGAAUUUGGAGGAUGCUCUGCUCUUGAAUAAUGAAUAUAUCAAGACAGAACAAGAUUCUAAUGAUUGUUUGGAAUUUAUCAAUUUAAUAAUGGACAUGUUCACUCUGGAAGUUUCUAAAAGACCAACCAUUGAAACCUUGCUCUCCUCUCCAUGUUUAAAACCUCAAUUAGAUAGAGUACUACUAAUCACUUCCCAAUACACCUCCCAAAUGAUUCAGGAAGAGAAUGAGCUAUUAGUGAAAUUGGUAGAAGAUUUGAAAUACAAUGUCACAUCAACUUCCUCUCAAGGAUUGAAAACAUUUAUGAAAAAGAACCUUCUGGCAACCACAAAGGAUAAUGAUGGCAAAAAGAAUAAUCUCUUACUUGUGGCAAGUUGGUGGAGUUCUAACUUGAGAAUAUUCCCGGUAGCUCCACAAAAUGAAAAUUCGCCUUUGGAAAUAUCUAAUGUUCCCUACAUAUUGGAAUUGAAAUCAGAUAUAACCUGUGAACAAAUGAUGCCAGUAAGUGAGAGUGAGGUCAUUCUUGGAUUGCAAUCUGGAGAAAUUGUUAAAAUUAGAAGAGAGGGCUCUCAUUCAUUCAAGGAAAUUUCCAGAUUGAAUGCACACAAGCAUCGAUUGAAAUGCUUUAGACAACUCAAUGAUCAAUAUUUUGCUUCUGGUGCCUAUAACAAAUCGGUAAAAAUUUGGGAUCUCACAAACUUGGAAUGUGUUCAAACAUUUAAACACGAAAGUGGACACGUCUUUGCGUUGGCUAGUACUAACUCAUCAAGGAGUAUACAAGAAACGUCCUUGUUCAGUGUUGGAGCAGAUAUGAGUAUUUAUGAAUGGGAUUUUGAAAAGUGUUUACAAAAGAGAGAAAAAGCUCACUCUGAUGAAAUUUACUCCUGUCUCUACAAUUCAAACAGUUCAAUCCUCUUGACAGGAUCUUUCAAGGAACUAAAAGGAUGGGACAAGAGACAACAUCAACCAAUUAUCAACUUUUCACCUCAUUCAAACUAUAUUAACAAAAUUGUUGAAAUUGAAAAGAGCUAUGACGGACAGGAAUUUAGAGAUGGAAAUCAUUUCAUUACAUGCUCUAAUGAUGGAUUUAUCAAAUUGUGGGAUGUUAGAAAGUUACCAAGCAAUAGCUCCACUUCAUCUACCGACCAAGAAUGCAAGUCGUUCAAAGUCAACCUGGAUGCUAUCAAGACACUCCAUGUUUAUUCCAAUACUAUUUUCUAUGGAACUAAGAGAGGUAGGAUGGGAACACUUGAUUUGAAAACUUUCACAUCUAUCAAAACCUACAAUGCCAUUAAGGGAGUCGUUGGUGUAGUAGAUGUUUCAUCCAUACAAAUGUUGUGA